CAACACAAGGCACGCAUUCGUGAACAAACGCGUUUUGUCGCCCGCGCACCGCGUAAAAAAGUAAACGCGCGGAUUUCCAAAUUUCAAAAUCGAAAAUCAGAAGGCAUAAUAGGGUUUGAAAGGCAUGGAGAGGCACAUGUCAGGGAAGUGGUACGCUUGGGGAGUCGUGUCUCGCCUUAGCAGAGUUCGUAGUCUAUUGGGGCUGGCCUCAACUUCAGUCGCCGCCGCCGCCGCUUCCUCCCUAUCCACCGCAGUUCCCCCCAAGAUGGCCGCCGCCGCCGCCGCCGACGAUCUCCAGAACCUCAAAACGCGUCUCUGCAUCGUCGGCAGCGGACCUGCGGCCCACACGGCCGCCAUAUACGCCGCUCGGGCGGAGCUUAAGCCCAUCCUGUUUGAAGGCUGGAUGGCCAACGGCGUCGCACCCGGAGGCCAGCUCACCACCACCACCGACGUCGAGAAUUUCCCCGGCUUCCCCAACGGCAUCCUCGGCAUCGACCUCAUGGAUCACUGCCGCAAUCAGUCUCUGCGCUUCGGCACCCGUGUCUUCACGGAAACCGUCAGCCGCGUUGACUUCUCCACCAGACCCUUCAAGGUCUUCACCGACUCGAAGGUCGUCCUGGCCGACGCGGUGAUUGUGGCGACCGGUGCCGUCGCCAAGAGACUGACGUUCCCGGGCUCCGGCGACGGCCAAGGAGGCUUCUGGAAUAGGGGAAUUUCCGCCUGCGCUGUUUGUGAUGGAGCUGCUCCCAUUUUCAGGAACAAGCCCCUGGCUGUGAUCGGGGGCGGGGACUCCGCCAUGGAGGAAGCCAAUUUCCUGACCAAGUACGGUUCCAAAGUUUACAUAAUCCACAGGAGGAACGCAUUUAGGGCUUCCAAGAUAAUGCAGAAGCGGGCAUUGAGCAACAGUAAGAUAGAGGUGGUGUGGGAUUCAAUGGUGGAGGGCGCCUACGGAGAUGGGGACAAAGGGGUAUUGGCAGGGCUUAAGCUUAAGAAUCUGCUCACCGGGGAGAUUUCGGAUUUGAAGGUUUCGGGUCUCUUCUUUGCGAUAGGGCAUGAACCUGCCACCAAGUUCUUGGAUGGGCAGCUGCAACUCGAUGCCGACGGUUAUGUGCUAACAAAGCCAGGGACGACGCAGACGAGUGUACCCGGUGUUUUUGCUGCUGGGGAUGUCCAGGAUAAGAAGUACAGGCAAGCUGUUACUGCUGCCGGCACUGGCUGCUCUUCAGGGCUGGAAAAGUCAAGACAGCAACUGGACACAUGGCAGGACCGUAGCAGUUGGUGGCAACAGGGAUCCUACAGUGCUGACAGCUGUGCACUAGAUCUCUGCUGCUGGUUUUUAGUGCUGCCAGCUGUCACACCUGGUUUCACCAUGCCCCAUCUUUUUUUUUUUUUUUUAAUUCUCUCUCUCUGCCCCAACUCUUAUGCUAUUUAUGUUUUAGCUAGACCCUUAUAAUUUGCUUUCAUCUAAGCCCCUCCUACCACUAAUAAGUAAAAUGGAAUUUCCAAUAUCAGUUAACUAAAAUAAAUGAAUAACAUGACUAGUAUGAACUUGUUUAUUGCAAAACAAAGAAAGUCAUGUUAAUUUAUUGAGGUAGUUUAAAUUUAUCGUGGCCUAAAGGGUAUGAUUAUCAUAUGUUUUGUUGUCGUUGUUGUUGCCAUUCUUAAUAGAGUUAACACCAAUGAUCUGUUGCAAGUUUGAUUGCCAUUCUUAAUAGAGACAACACCAAUUAUCUGUUGCAAGUCUGUAGUCCAUAAAUGAUACACGGUUCUAUAUCCCGGAUGUAAUGUGAUACAGUACUAGCAUGGAUCAUGCUCAUUUAUUCUUAUGCUGCCAUGUGGCUUGGUGUUUAUGGAACAAAUUAUUUGGCUUGUUGGGAGAGUGUUGGGUUUGUCCUUAUUCAUUGGGGGCUUGAUGGUUGCUUUUAGAGAUUUUGGCGGGUGUGAAAGCACAAGGAUUUGUGGUGACCUUCCUUUUUUGCUGUUAUUUGGGUUAUUUGGCUGAAGAGAAGUGCUCUGAUUUUUUGAGAUUGUGGGUCUCUAGUGGGGAAAGGAUUGUGUUUCUUUAGCAUCCAUUUGGGUUUUCACUAGGGGUGUUUUAGCAAUAUAGCCUUUUUCUAAAAAAAAAUUAUAUUCAACUCGGUUGGUGCGCUCUUUUGACUUAUUCAUGGGUUUCUAUUUUUGUUCUUUUGUUUCCUUUUUGUUUUUUGAGGAUUCCUCGUCCUCUUUGUACAUUCUUCUUUUUCAUUUUUUUUUCCUAUUAAAAAAAGCCCUUGCCCAACUCAGCUUUUGACAAAAUCUUGAAUUCACAAGCCUAGCUGAAUUACCAGUAUUUCAAUUGGAUUUGGUGCUUCUACUCUCUUUAUCAUGAAAAACUGUUUUAAUCCUGGUGCAUAUGUAUGCAUGAUAUAGCUUACCUAAUUUUCAAAUUACAAAUAAAUAAACAUAAUAUAAGUGGCAUUAGUCUGCAAAGAACGAAAGGGGCCAUGCCAAUUCUAAUUCAACUGAUGAAGUGAUAUUAUUAUUUUAAUUAUAAUUUUCUGAUCCUCGAAAUAUUUAGGUGUUGCUGAAAAAAAAUAUUGACCGGUUUAUUUUUGUUUCAUUAGAGCCAUCACAUAUAAUUUGUGUUGUUUAUGGUUUUAGUCCUUGUGAUUAACUAUUGUUCCUAUUAUUAUUGACUGGGCUUGCCUUUUGGACUGCACUCUUGUAUAUGAGACUAAGGGGACUUAACAGUGUUGCAUUCCUUCUAUAUUUUUUGUUUUUUUUUUUUCCAAAAUUUUAAAUUUCCCCCUUAGGUUAAUUCAGGACAACUUAGCACAUUUCAUUCAAUUUACCUUGGUUUUUUCCCCCUGGGUAUUACUUACAGGGUGCAUGGCAGCAUUGGAAGCAGAACAUUAUUUGCAAGAAAUUGGAUCCCAAGAGGGUUAGGAGAGAUUAAUUCUCAAAGGAUGUGCACAGGCCUAAAAGGACCUCAAUUAUAAGCAAUUCCUAAUUUAUGUAUGAACAAAGAAUGAAUUGUCAUGUUUGGCUGCUGAUUAUAAUAGAACAUGUUUGGUUCUUACAA